AUGGAAGAGAUCAUAAAUCACUUCCUCACGUCAUGGACGCCGUCCACAUUACCAACAUCAACCUCCAUCAGCUCGAUAAACCCCACUAAUAUCCCUGGCUUGCUGGCAACUGCUGAGCUGCUACGGCAAGAGGUCGCAACUCAAACAAAUUCAAUUUCGCUAUAUUUCCUAUCGCGGAAUGCAAGAGCGGCAGCAGCGUCAUAUACAAUCUUGAGUGACCAGCAGGUAUUGGCAUCGGCAACAUCCCUACUCAAUGCUGCUGCAAAUACCGGAGGUGCUACUCCAACACUCGAUGUUGACCUUGCACAAAUCACCCAAGAAUUGUUCAAUUCUACUUUGUUAUUGAAGAAAUUGGAAUGGGAAGCUAAUCUCUACGCAAUCCACAUUUCAGUCCCAUUCAACUUAUUGUUUGCCAUCUUGUUUUCCAUUCUAUUGUUGGUGAAUUUCUAUCUCGGGCUAAUUCGGGGCAAAACUAGAUACUUUGCAACGUGUAUGCUAUGUGGAUGCGGAUUGGAGAUUGCUGGGUACGUGGCUAGAACAAUUGGACAUUUCCAUUGGUCCAAUACAAACAUUUUCUUGUGUCAAAUCAUUUGUCUCACGAUUGCCCCUGCUUUUGUAAUGGCAGGGGUGUACUACUUGUUAACCCAGUUGAUUAUUAUCCACGGUGGUGGCCGCCGCUUCUCAAUCCUACGACCCAGCUACAUAUCAUGGAUUUUCAUAUGCUGUGAUGUUAUUAGUUUGUUCAUUCAGGCGGCAGGUGGUAUCACCGCUGCUGUGAAACUCCGUUUGUUUGAAAACACUCAGAGUGGCACGUACAUUAUGGUGGGGGGGAUUGCGUUUCAAGUCGUUUCAAUGACGUUGUACCUCGCUUUGCUAUUCAAUUUCUUAUACCACAUAUACUUCAAGUCAAUCGGUCUAAAAUUCAGUUUUGGCACCUUGUGGCAUUUACUUUUAAACACUAAACGAGGUCACAAAAUCAGGAUUGAUUACAAUUAUGACCUGCAUUAUGAUCCGUCGUUUCAACGAAUACGACAGCGGCCAUUGUUCAAUUACCUACCAUUGGCAAUCAUAAUGGCCUCGCUUUUCGUGUACGUCAGAUGCAUUUACAGAGUGAUUGAGCUAUCAGAAGGAUGGCGAGGGUACUUGAUCACCCACGAAGCUUAUAUUUUGACAUUGGAUGCCCUUAUGGUGUUUCUCAGUUGUGUGACUUUUCUUCCGUUCCAUCCAGUGAUUGUAUUUGGAAAAGAUGUUCAUAUUUCCAUUCGAGAGAGUUUUGGAAAAGUCAAUAUGGACUUGCCGCCAGUUGCCAUAUCGGAAAAGGAACAUUCGUUUUCCAAUGAUGACCAAAGCAGUGAUACAUUGCAAGAAAAGUAUAUGUAUGGGCAGAGUAAAAGUUCAGACAGAGUUUCAUCUACUCCGACUUUGGGUAAUAAUGGCGGUCAAAAGUACCACAAUCCGUACUUGUCGCCAACAAGAUUUGCCAACUACAAGCUGUCAAGUUCUAAGUACGUGUAA